UUGUAAAACUGCUACAAUUGGAAAGCAGAGACUGGGCCCACGCGCUUUGGAUUAAUUAAAACUUCAAACACGGGAUGGCGCGAACUACGCAGUGUAUUAUGGACUAAUUUGUUGGGCCCCCAUCGAGACAUUUUCUUCACCUAAUUAUUUCAUUAUAUAUUCUUUUUUAUUUAUUUUUUAUAUUUAACUUAUUUACUUAAAUAUUCAUUCAUAACUCAGUAUACUUUAUCCCAUAUAUGGUUUUUUUUCGAAAUUUUUCCGGUUUUUUUCAUAAAUAAAAAUGGAUUCCAAUUUUUCGUAAAACAAUUAAAUAAAAUUGAAAUGCAAAAAUGCAUGCAACAAAUAGUUUAUGGUACUCAUUAAUAUUUUCUAAGGUUAUAAUUUACUUGACCAUUUCGUUAUUUUAUAUUUUUUCAUAAAAAAUACAAUAUAAGUUAUAUUAUGAAAUUACAAAAUAUACCAUAAAUUAUAUUAUAUAUUUCAAAAAACAACCGAAAUAUUCGGAACUAAAAGCGGAUCGAAUAUCAGAAUUUCCAUUAAUUUUAUAUCACAAUUCCGAUUUGUUAUAAACAAAUUGGGAAUUUUUGAAAAUCUGAACUUCGAAAAUCGAAAAAAAAAUACGGUUCCAAAUUCGAAUAUCUACAAAUCAACGCGAAAUUCGGAAAUUCCAUUCCGAUUUCCUACCCGAUUAUUAUCUCAUAUCAUAGAAACGGCCCAAAUCAUCUACAGAUUAUAAUAUUUGAUAGUGCAUUUCUUUUUUCUAUUUAAGACUAACGGGCCGAAAGUCCGAGCGGCCCAUUGUGUUAAACUAUAGUUAAUAUUUGAUUAUCUAUAAAUUGACCAAAUUACGAAAAUAACCCCCAUUAAUUUGCCCUAAUUUAAAUUGCGUUUGAUCAUGAUUUCAUAAUGUAAAAUAGAAAAGCGUUCCCACUUGAGUGCGUUUUACAUUACAAACCAAUUUUCAGUAGUAAUGUCGUCGUCGUCUCUUCAAAUUCACCGGUUCAGUAAAAUUCCGUCGCCGGAAGAAUUCGCUACUCAGAUUGAAUCGAAAAACGCCCCCGCUGUGUUCACUGGAUGCGUAAAGGAAUGGAAAGCGUUUUCCAAAUGGAAUGUUCUGAACGGCGGCCUCGAUUACUUGAUGGAUAUGGUGGGCUCUUCGGUGGUGGGGGCUAUGCUAUCCAAAUCGGCACCUGUGUUUUACGGUGAUAUUAGAAGUCAUGAAAGGGUUCCACUGCCAUUCUCCACCUUUCUUGGAUACUGCAAGGAUAUUUUACAAUAUGGAGAUGAUGGCAAAGACUCGAUUUCUCAACUGAGGAAGCAUAAGCCGGAGGGACUUAUCACUGAACAUGGUGAUCACUUAGUAGGCGAAGAGUCUCGGAAGCAAAUAUAUCUAGCGCAGGUACCCAUUGUGAAUGCUGAGAAUGACGAAAUGGCUCAGUUGGAAUGCCUAAGAGAAGAUAUUGAAACGCCUGGAUUUCUGGAGGGGAAAGUACUGGCUUCCAUCAAUUUAUGGAUGAAUAGUUCUAGGACUAGAUCCAGUACUCACUACGAUCCGCACCACAAUCUUUUAUGCAUAAUUUCAGGACACAAACAAGUUGUUUUAUGGCCUCCUUCUGCAUGCUCCUCCUUAUAUCCAUUGCCAUUGUAUGGGGAAGCCUCGAACCACAGUGCCAUUCCUUUAGGAAACAUUAAUUUUAGUCUCUAUCCGAGGGCAAAAUCGAUGGAGGAGUACUCCCAGAAGGUUACUCUUUACGCAGGGGAUGCUCUUUUCAUUCCUGAAGGAUGGUUCCACCAAGUGGACAGUGGAGACAUAACUAUAGCUGUCAAUUUCUGGUGGCAGUCGGACAUGAUGUCUAGCAUGUUAGAACACAUGGAUGCAUACUAUCUACGUAGAAUAAUGAAAAGGUUGACUGACAGGGAAAUGAAUCGAAUGCUUUGUACGCCUUCGACCGCUGUUGAUAAAGAAGUGGCUAAUGCAAGUGGCCAGUCUAGUAAUGGAAAUGCAGGUUAUUUUGACAAAGAUCUGGAUCUGAACCAUCACACACUCAGUAUGAAAGAAAAGCUGGAGCAAGGUUUUUCAUUGAAUGACCUGCAACCUGAAGCACUUAGAUGUCUUAAUGAACUUGUUUCAUUAGUCCAUCACCAAAUUGACCAGAUUCAACCAGUAGGCGACAUCCAAACAGAAUGUUCUGUAAGUGGAGAGGAGGGCAAAAUCGAGAAAAUUGUUAAAACAAAAUUCUUCAACUUAGAAGAAGAUCCGAUAGCUAAUGUUGUUUGGAGCCUUGAACCACGUGCUUUUCAAAGUGUCUUUCUGACCAUGGCACACAAUUUUCCUCGGACGUUAGAGGCUUUUGUAUUGCACGCUCUCUCCCCAGUGGGUGCAGAAGUCCUUACCAGGAAAUUUGAGCAGAUGGAUCAAACGAUUGGGGCAGCUGAUGGGAGUCAAUUUUACCAGAAAUUUUACAGCGUGUUUGAUGACCAGUUCGCUGCCAUGGAUGCUCUUUUGAAUGGGAAGGAGUCAUUUGCAAGCCAGGCAUUCAACAACGUGCUGGUUCAGUAUUUGGGAAUUAAUGUUAAUGGGCCAAAACCGUUGGUGCAAAAGGAUUGAGCGACUAAUAAAAUACUGUCAACGUUGCUAAUUUCUAGUCCUGGGUCGUGAAUCACAUCAAAUUGAAAUGGAGGAUUUUCGUUCUUGGUUUCAGUUAUACAUGUGAGUCAUUUGUGCCCACCUCUGUUAUGACUUUUGUAUAUUAAUUUUUAAGUCUCACUAAUUUUCUGUUACUUGAAAUUCAAUAUAUUUUGGACAUAUGUAGUGAAAGCUAAUAUAUUUUGAUUUAGGUUUCACCAUGAACUU